AUGGCAACAGUUUCAGUAAGAGAGUAUUUUGUGCUUAAAGGUGAGCUGAUGCACAAAAAGAAAAAGAAACCAGAUACUAGUCUGGUCUAUAACUUGGUUCAUGAAUUCAGUCAUAUUAAGAAAAUCAAGGAGGAAUGGGACCUCCUGGAUUUCAACCAACAAUCUUUAUACAUUCAAGUGAUGAUUGAAAACUAUGAGAAUGUAUCCACUCUGGAAUGUGAUUGGAGUGAAAUAAGACAAUGUGGCAAAUGUGAUCUCUCUUUCAUGAAUGAAUUGGAACUUGCCAGACAUGAGACAACCCAUGAAGAAGGGGAACAUGAAACCAGAGAAAAGCCUGAGAAAUGUUUAAAACAUGAGAAAAAGAAAUGCUUCAGGUGUGAAAAGUGUGGAAAAUGUUUUGCUCACAAUUCUCUUCUUGUGAAGCACCAGAGAGUCCACACAGGAGAGAAACCAUACAAAUGUCAAGAGUGCGAGAAAUGCUUUACUCAAAAACAAAGCCUUGUGAGACAUCAGCGACUUCACACAGGAGAGAAACCAUACAAGUGCCAGCUGUGUGGAAAAUCUUUUAAUGAAGGGUUCAACCUUGUGAUGCAUCAGAGAGUCCACACAGGAGAGAAACCAUACAAGUGCCCGAAGCAUCAGAGAGUCACACGGGAGAGAAACCAUACAAGUGCGGGUGUGGAAAAUUUUGCUCAAAAGUCCAGCCUUGUGAAGCCAUCGAGAGUCCACACAGGAGAGAAACCAUACAAGUGCCGAAGUGUCAAAAAUGUUUACUCAAAGUUCCAGCCUUGUACCCAUCACAGGGUCCCACAGGAGAGAAACCUUACAAAUGCCAGAAGUGUGGAAAUGCUUUGCUACAGCAUAAUCUUGUUGAAGCAUGAGAGUUCAUACAGGAGAGAACCAUAUAAAUGCCAGAAGUGUGAAAAAUGUUUUGCUACAAUGUCACAUCUUGUGAAUCAUCAGAGAAUUCAUACAGGAGAGAAGCCAUAUCGAUGCCCAAAGUUGUGGAUGUUUUGGUUGGAGAGGCAAUCUUGUGAUCCACCAGGGAGAGUCCAUGAGGAGAGAGAACUUGUCAAGGUCCAUGGGGCAAAAAUGUUUGAUGAAACAUCCAAACUUGGAUGCUACCAGAAGAUCAUCUUCCUCAUGCACUAG